GAGUCUCCCCCCCUCCCCUCCCACUGUCUGUACAGCAGCAGCAACAGCAGAGAAUCCCUGCACCCUCCCUGCGUCUCCCUCCCUCCCAUAUCGGGCUCUGCGGCUCUGUGUCUGCAAGGAGAGAAGGGAGACCGAGGGCAGCCUGCAGCCGGGGUACUCAGCUACAAUGGAUCUUUCCCUGGCAGACUCAUCCUUCGAAGCUGCUUACUUACGGGAGCUGCUGAAAAAUGUUUCAUUGUUUGAACUCAGUAAUUUAUACAACAGCACAGGGGACCGGUUCCUUCCACUUGGGAUCAAAGUUACCAUCGUGGUGGUCUAUCUGAUUGUCUGCGUGGUAGGUUUAGUUGGAAAUUGUGCCGUGAUGUAUGUCAUCAUCAGAUAUACCAAGAUGAAGACUGCAACAAACAUCUACAUUUUCAACUUGGCUUUAGCAGAUGCUCUAGUCUUGGUCACCCUGCCAUUCCAAGGCACUGAUAUCUUCAUGGGGAUCUGGCCAUUUGGCAACGUUCUCUGCAAGAUUGCCAUUGCCAUAGAUUACUACAACAUGUUCACAAGCACCUUCACUCUGACCAUGAUGAGCGUUGACCGCUACAUCGCCAUCUGCCACCCAGUCAAGGCACUUGAUAUCCGUACCCCACACAAGGCCAAGGUAGUCAAUGUCUGCAUCUGGAUCCUGGCCUCGUUCAUUGGAAUUCCUGUUAUGGUCAUGGGCUCUGCUGAGAUGGAGAAUGAUGAGAUUGAGUGCCUGGUUCAGAUCCCCCCUCCAGAACAUUACUGGGAUCCAGUUUUUGGCAUCUGUGUCUUUCUCUUCUCUUUCGUUAUCCCUGUGCUCAUCAUCACUAUCUGCUACAGCCUAAUGAUCAGACGACUGAAGAAGGUGCGGGUGCUCUCUGGCUCCAAAGAAAAGGACCGUAAUCUACGUAGGAUCACCCGUCUUGUUCUGGUGGUGGUUGCUGUGUUCGUAAUCUGCUGGACUCCCAUCCAGAUCUUUGUCUUGGUGCAGAGUCUUGGUGCUAAGCCUGACAGUGAUCUCAAGGUGGCUGUCCUUCACUUCUGCAUUGCCCUUGGAUACGCCAACAGCAGCCUGAACCCUGUUCUCUACGCAUUUCUGGAUGAGAACUUCAAGGCUUGCUUUAAGAAGUUCUGCUUCCCCUCAGCCUUCCGCCCUGAGCUGCAGAUGUCCAAUCGCAUGUGUAGCAUUGCCAAAGAUGUUGCCUAUGCUUGCAAGAACUCAGAUGGACCGAAUAAUCCAGCAUGACUAGGCAUGGAAUUGCCCAUGAUGGGGACAGAUGUAGACCAAGGGGUCAGUAGUCCAACGGCAGAACUGACACAGAUUACAGCCUUGUGACCCAGAUGAUGGAGGUGUCGGCAGUGACACCUCCUUCUUGGAUUAAAGCAAAAAUUGAAGGAAGCUGUGAGCUUCAAGUCUACACCAACAAUGGGGCAGUGUCCACCUUACAUAGGAAGGACUGAUGUGAAUACUGGACACCUCAAACUUGUCCGCUGCUUCAGAGAUCCCAGUUGUGCUGCAUAUCUUCUAAACUGGCCGGCUGAGUUACUAUUCAUCUUGGGAUACUUGGUCGUGGCCUUCAGUUUUCAGGAUUACGCCUGUACCAAAAUUUAGCUUUUUCUAGAGACUUUUGUUCCAUUUGCCCCAGGGGACAAGACUGUCCGAAUCCAUUUGUGCCACCCCCAAAAAUGUAUAUAGUUUAAUUAGCUUCUAAUUAGUGUAUCUACGAUUGGUGUGUGUCUCUCUCUACACACGCACACACAUAUAUAUAUUUAUUUAUAUUACCUAUAGUAUACAUGAACAUUAUUGACUGGGUAUUUUAAGGUUUUGGAAUGUGAUGCAAAUCUACACCAUAAGCGUGUGGCCUACCUUUUACAUAGCUGGUAGAAGAUUGUUUGGUCAUAAGUCAGAUGGCUUUCACAUAUCAAUAUUUUGGGGGCUUUUCUAAUUUUAGAAACAAAGCUAAGUUCCUACAAACUGUUCAGUUUUAUUCCAUUCCAACCAAGCUUUGAAGGCAACCUGUUCCUAUUAUUGCAUGGCUGCUUUAUUCCAUGCACAACCUACCCAUGUCUGCUCUGUAGGCUAAUUACAACUCAAGGCAUUUAUGAGUUAGGACAGCUCCACAGAAGAGAAGUAGCAAAGACUUAUGGGUGAGGGUUCUAGCAUGACAGUUGCCCAUCCUGUCAGUGUGGGAGUUCCUGAGAAAGGAAACACCAAGCCUUAAAGCCUUGUCACUUUGUAGCCUUUUUUGUACAUAUAUAUAUAUAAAUAUAUAGCAUUAUUCACAUGUACCAGAUAUAUUGUAUAUUUAUAUAUGCAUAUACAUUAUUCACAUGCACAUCUGUUGUGAAAAGCCUCAAACAAAAGACCUUUCUUUGCUGGAGAUCUGCAAAGCUUUGCUCCAGGAAUUAGUGUCAGAACAUGUUAAAGCCAAAGGCAAGGACAUUACUUGGGUGCAAGACAGAGGGAUUCAUGGACUAUGGCACUAUGGGACACUCUAAAAAAAGAAUGCCUCAUUAAGCUGCCAUUUAAUUCCUGCUGAACUACAAGAUCUUCAGCACAAGGUGUUACCGGGAUGGUGAUAGUUAUAGUUCAAGGCAAUUGCCAUCUAGUGUCAAGAUCCAACAAAUCCAUAACAAUAAGCAAGAAGAUUCUCAUAGGACAAAAAUAAUGCAAUGAGAUCAAAUAAUUUUAAUGGGCUCUGGAGAACAAAUGAUUGUUAAGUCCAUGAAUAAAGCCACCCUAAAACCUCCUUGUAGGAUCUAUGAUGAGAUCUGGCUUCUUAAACAUGUUGCAAACUUGAGAAGACAAGCUGAGAGAUGCACUUAACUGUUUGGUUAUAUAUGCCCGUCAGUGUGAGGCCAGCACAUAAGAACAUUACCUUUGCCCAGGACCCAGGGAAGAGAUGCCUGAAGGAAGGAAUGGCAUGCAAACUCUGUAUAUGGGAUUCUCAGCACUGCCUGUUUUCUAUCUGUCACUCCUGGUGCCACACUGCAUUAAGGGGAGAUUCCUAAUAUGUUGGCCAUGGAGAAAACAUUCUGAAUCAGAAACCAUAAAAUGUGUUAAAAUAAUAUACUGUAUGUGUGCAAGUUUAAGUUUGUGUAAAUGAGACUCAGGUAUUGGAAGUGCAGAGGCAGUUAGGAGUGUGGGGAGGGCACAUGUAGGUGGGUAACUGCGUUUGUAUAGGAGUUGAGGGAACAGAUAUGUGGGUUAGUGUAUGGUAGAAUUGUUGAAAGCACAGGUAGGCAAGUGUGUGGGAACAGCUUCUGAGGGCACAGGUGUGUGGGUGAGAUUGUGGAUAGAGCUGCUGAGGACAUUAGUUGGUAGUGAGUAUAUUUAGGUGAAACAGAGAGCAGAGUUUCAGAUGGUACAGGUCAGGAGUGGAGUUACUGAGGAUAGAGGUCAGAAUGUGGGUAGAAUGGGAUCAUGAGUAUGGAUUAGAAUGUUAGUCGAGAGACUGAGAGUAGAAGUUGGUGAGAAUGUGAAUAGAAUGACUGAGGGUAUAGGUGGGUGGGUGAGAAUGUGAAUAGAGUGACAGAGGGUAGAGGUGAGUGGGUAAGAAUGUGAGUAGAGUGAUUAAGGGUAUAGGUG